CUUUGGAGAAGGAAAGAAACAGAGGCAUUGGGAAACCACUGCUUGGAGGGCCCUUCUCGCUCGUCAGUCAUGAGGGACAGCCCAAGACCAGCAAGGACUAUAUCGGCCAGUGGGUCCUGAUCUACUUUGGCUUCACACACUGCCCUGACAUCUGUCCAGAUGAACUGGAGAAAAUGAUUGAAGUGGUAGAUGAAAUUGAUAGAAUUCCAUCUUUGCCUAAUCUAACUCCACUCUUCAUCACCAUUGAUCCUGAGAGAGACAGUGAAGAAGCCAUUGCCAAAUACAUUAAAGAAUUUUCUCCAAAGCUGAUUGGAUUGACUGGUACCAGGGCACAGAUUGACCAAGUGGCCAAAGCUUAUCGUGUGUAUUACAGUGAAGGUCCCAAAGAUGAAGAUAAUGAUUACAUAGUGGAUCACACAAUAAUUAUGUACCUCCUUGGGCCAGAUGGUGACUUUGUGGACUAUUAUGGCCAGAAUAAGAGGAGUGCUGAGAUUUCUGCUUCUAUUGCUGCACACAUGAGAAAAUACAAAUCCUAAAACACAAGGUCUUCAAAGUAUGAUGUGAACGUCACCUCUAGGUUUGGCUGGAAUUGGGCAUUGGAGUUAAAGCAGAAGUGUGCAAGUGUGACAUCCUGGCAUCACAUGCCUCCUUUCUUCCAGGUAAGAAAGGCAACCAUACUUCUAUAAAAUACCAUCAUCAAAACUCUCAAUAGAGCCUUCCUUAUGCAUAUGAUUUGCAGCAAGAUUUGGG